CCUCCAGGAAGCGGGCAGUGCUUCUUUGCAACCUUCCCGAUCUGGGCCAUUUCCGCCCCCCCUCCCGCGUCUCACUCCGCAGAAGAGAACGGUCGGCUGGCCAAAUCCUGCCAUUCGCCUCCCCCCCCCUCUCGCCCGGGCGCGCCUCCCAGCUUGAUUCCAGCGAGGCUCCAGCGACUUUAAGACAGGUCUGAAUGCUGAGAUUGGCCUGGGAUCGAAAGCAUGAAUUUCAGGAAGACCACCUAGGAGUGUUGGGAUUUUUCUGCAUAUUGGUCAUGUCUUUACAUCUACAUUUCUUUCUCUGCUGGUUUCUCUUUCCCAGUUGGCUGGGGGCAUCGAUGUUUGCCAUGUGCCAACCGGACUUCCCCCUCCAUCCACAGCUCAAUGAAGCCCAGGAAAAUUCACAGCGGGAUGUGAUCUACUGUAACAAAAAGGACUCCCAUCCAGACAAGAACCUCAACUUUGUGGAUGAGAAGUCCCAUGAUAGCAAUGAAAACUGGAGCCAACCCAUAUCAAAGACGCUGAUGCCAGAGGAAUGGGAACAACUGCAUGACAAUGGGAUAAAGAAGGUAUCUGAGAAUCUGGCCGAUCUAAUAUACCAACAGAAAGCAAAGAAUUGCGCUAGAGACAUUUCUCAGAACCUAAAGUCUGAUGACAACUUCCUGGGCUUGGAGGAGGAAAAGGAAGGAGAAGAGGAGGGCAUCCGUAGACCACCUGAAGGUGCUGAGGUCAGAAGUCCAGAACAAGAGACCAACCACCAGGUGAAGGUAAAGGAAAGAGGGAAUCUGGCUUGCUCCUCUCUAGAAGAUAAUGAUUAUUCCAGCAGUCCUCUAAGUGUUGAUAGCCCUGAGAGUGGUGGCACCAAUGCUUGGAAGAUACCUUCUGUCGCUGAUGAAGACUGGACAUGUAAUGCUGAGCACCAAGCUCCUUAUGGUGAUUUUGACAGCUCUUCCUCUAGUUCUGAGAUCUUCUCCCCAGUACUGGCAGAUGCUUUCAGGACCAUGCAGGAGAGGAAGAAGUUGGAGAAAGAGAAACAUCACGUCCACUUAGUGAUGUAUCGCCGCCUGGCCUUGCUCCGCUGGAUUCGCAGCCUCCAGCAGGCGGUUGCAGACCAGCAAAAUCGACUGCAGGAGAGCUUUGACAUUAUCCUGGACAACCGCAAAGAACUUAUUCGACAUGUCCAGCAAGGCAUGGUGCACACUAAAACCCCAACUUAGGGAGAAUUGUGAAAAACAAGCACCCUUCCAUCUCUUCAUUUCAUAGCUUGGCCUUCCAAAUAAGGGUCAUCAGGAUCACGGUUUGUUUGCAAUUUGCCGCAGUGGACUUUUCUCAUGUUUGAUGUUCCUCCCAGAACACAUCAGAAGGUUAUCAGCCAGUUAAUCAUAGACACUCCAAGGAAUAUUAUUUUAUGUGGACAUAUACUUUUUUUCAAGAUAUUUUCCAGGGUGCAUCGCUUCUGAGUGUGAAUGUACUGUAAAUACAACUUACAGUGAAGUGAAAUGAAAUAAGAGAUGCAGAUGGUACUACAGUGAAGUGAAAUGAAAUAAGAGAUGCAGAUGAGCCUAUAAUCAUGGAGAAAAAAACCAAAAAAAAAAUGUGGACAUAUAGACUUAUAAAAUACUUGCUAAGUAUCUGAGAUGGAAAGAAGCUUGAAGUGAGAACUUUGGGAGUCAGUUAUCAAGUCUUGUGCUACUAAUUGGAUAGAAUGUCAGAUGCUUCAAACCAUGAUACAACUUGCAUGGCAUGACAUCCUUAUGAUACAGAAGAGGUAGUUCUGUGCCACUAUUUCAUAACCACCCCAAACUGCCAAAUUUCUGUUCCUCCUGGCCAUGUCCGUACUCUGUCUUAUUUAUCACCCAUGUUAGCUCCAUCCUUCUUGCUAGGAACAAUGGGUUUUGAGUUGGUUUGCUAUCCAAGCUUUCUAUCCCAGCUCACUUCCUGCUUCCAGGAGCUUACAACUUUUUCAGCCCUUAAAAUUUAAACCUAUCAGUAUGCAAAACAAGAAUCUUGAAACCAAAGAUCUGGAAGGCUUUAGAAUGGGCAGGAUUCUUCUCCCCAACCUUGUAUUUGGGUAAUCUACAUCUGAUUCCUUCUUUGGCCCUCAUCAACUUAUCAAAAUGGGAUGAUGCUGAAUUGAAGCUGAUUUUGUGAACCAAUCAACAUGUGUCCAGAAUGUAACCAACCCACAAUCCAAAUUGUAUCUCCUGUUCUUCAGCUGAUCCUUGAUGUAUGUUGAACCACUUUACAAGGUUUGGAUGUCAACAUAUAAUUCUGUGCCUGGGUUGAUUGAAGAAAAAGGGUCUUGUUCCCUACAUUUUGGGCAGUGACCUCUUUAAAUUAAAAGCAGAAGCAUGUUUCACUUUACUUCCAAAUAAACCAAACUUUUCCAAGGGUGUUUCCACCUUGGAGACCAAAUAAGAUUUUAAACAUAACUGCAUGUAUGUUUCUUUAAAUUUAAAAGAAAAAACAAAAGCAGUAUUGAAUACUGUAACUUUGAAAGUAACACAGUUGUAUGUUAACUUCCAGAAAUUCUUUACCACUGGCUAAAAUUGAAGUCCAGUAGCCUCUUGAAGCCCAUAAAUUUUUGCAUAAGUGAAGAAAUAAUACAGGUACUUCUCAACUUACAACUGUAAUGGAGCCUUAUGGUCGUAAGGGCUCCUAUGUGAUUGACCUAAUUUUAUGACCUUUUCGGUGGCCAUUAAGCAAAUACUGUAGUUGUUAAGUGAACCCAUUAUUCAUUAUGGGCCAGUUUUGCCCCAAUCCAGAAGUAAAUGCCACUUUUUUUUGCAAAAACACAAUAAAUCGCAGUAACUGCAGGAUGCUGCAAAUAGCUAAAUAUGAGCAGCUGCCAAGUGCCUGACAUGCAGUCAUGUGACUAUAUGGGGGGGGCAGCUGUCAGAACUUUGGAACCAAUUUAUAACUUCGGGAGUGUUCAUCAUAACUUUGAAUGGUCACUGAGCAACUGGUUCUAAGUCGAGGACUAUAUGGAAUUGCCUUCUUACAAGAUGCUUUUCCAGCUUCCCAGUUUGGGAUUCCACCCAGGAAAUCCCAAAUUGCAACCCUUCCAUCCAAUCUUUCACUUUUUUUCCCAAGAUCAAGAAGGAAAAAGCUUCAUUCUCCCCUAUGUGGCCUUUUCCCUCUUCUCAAAAUCUUUCCUCCUUAAUCUGUUCAUUCUCUUGGAAAAAAGAGACAUAUAUCCUUGGGCCUCUCAAUUGUACUUCUCAAUAUUAACAUCCCACUGGCCUUUUUUUAAACAAGUGUGCCAUAUUUCCUUGAAUUUUAUUUUUAUAAUUCCUGUCUUCCACACCCAGAAAGGCUACCAAAAUUUAACUAAAUGUCUGUCAGAUUUAUGUGGGUGCAAACAGCUGUUGCAGAAUAUUGUUUCCUGCUUGCAAAGCCUGGCAUAUAUAUAUAU